AUGUGAAUACUCAAAGCCACUACUGAGAAGGCUAUAUAUUAGCUAAUCUGAUGUGUAGACACCGAAGUUUUUGUUCCUCCUAUAUUUGGAAGUGCUACUUCCAGGUUAAGACCCUGAGUGUUGGUCUGGCAGGGAAAUGAACGUGCAACCUUUCACGACAAAGGACAGCAAAUAAGGCGAAUAAAACUUGAAUCCCUUGCGACAUUCUUUUUAUUACAAUGCGAACGUCCAGCACUGGUAGCAUGCAGGAUCAACUCAUAGGAUGAUGAAGGGCUCAAUCAAUCACGGAGUGCUGGCCUUCGGAGUCAUUCUUAUCUGUUUGUUUCAAGAAGCUUUCUCGGCUAUCAGCAAGGAAACUUCACCCUACCCCCCUGGAUGGGAAAAUGCUGCAUCGUCGUUAGAGGAUUUUCCUGUGAGAGAGAUGGGUGGUAAGAAUGUCACUAUUGUGGACCCGUGGCUUUACAUCGACAGACUAGGAAUUUUCAAAAUUAUGGUUAUCUCAACUGAGAGGUAUUUUUCUGCUUGGGGGUUCAACUACUCGGGCAAUCUUCUUUGGGGAUUGCCCCUUCAGUUUGGCUGGCAGAUGACAACUGGAAGGUUGAGUGUCACGAAACCCCAUUCUCAUGAUCUGUCAAUUAUCACGAAGUUUUCUCCUUCAAGCUGGUGGGCUGACAUGAAUUAUUUCUUGUCGAUCAUUCCAUUCCUUGGAGCCUUGAAUGCUGGUAUCGUUAUAUCGGUUAAAAAUCCACUUAACGUACUCAAACCUUCAAAUGUCUCCAUGGAAUUGCGUGACAAAUUUUGCACCAGUGUAAMAGAAUGUGUGUCAAAACAUUCGAAACUGAUGAAUAGCUGGACAAAAUUCUUUCAGCAUCUACAUGAAAAUACGGAUAAGAAUAAGAAGAAUGAUAAAGAUGCUACCGUGGGUUUGUUGUGGACAGCUCACACGGACUCCAUACGCACUGCAAACCCGCUGUUCCUGGAUCAGCGGGCUCUGCUAUCCACUCCCGAGAUGCACUUCGGUCGAGGAUGGGCUCUUUUGGUUGAUUUCAUCGCCGCAACUUAUUUCCAGACCAAUCUGAACAACACACAUGAACAACAGGCCAUGGCUUUGCCGCCAAGGAUCCUACACAAUACUGAUCAUCCCCCUGACAUUCCUGACUUCAAUAAAGACCAGAAUAAUGCUCUGGUGAUUAUCAACACCAUUUACUAUGUAGAAGAGUUGACAAAUGGAGGGUUUUUGUAUUUAUGGCGCAAAGCAAUGUGUUCUCCUCAAGGAAGAGCAGAUGGAAGAGAAAUGUUAGAAAGCCUUCUACGCCAUCCUUUGGUCGUCGCCAAGGAUUUGGUGAAAUUAGUGCUUGACUUCAUCAAAGAUCAUAACUGCUAAUCAUGAAGCAAAGUAAGAUACGAAAUUUCUUUCAAAUAAGUUUUUUACUAAUGAUGCUUAAGUUUACUGAAUUGAAAGAUUAUAAGUAAGUCAAAAAUUUCACUUGUUGGAUCUAAUAGGUAUGUUUGUCUGUAUCGCUCCGUGGGUAAAAUGGUGCUACCAUUAUGAGACCUGAUUCUAUAUUUUAAAAAAUGAAUAAAAAUACAUGUAAAAAAUGUUGUUAGCAUAACUGCAAUGUACAGCACAACAUCUUUUUGUAAUUACAUUUCAAGAUAUUUGAGAACAAAAUCCAGGAAUUACUUCCACAUGUUCUGGGUAAAGGCUACCACCCUCCUCCCUUUCCCCCAAUUCACCCCCUCCAAUCCCACCCUUUCCCACCCCUCCCAUCUAAAUCGAGUCUCUUAGGCGGACUGGUCAGAAAUUAGCAGGGGGUUUGGGAAAAGAUUGAAGAAAUUUCAAAAUGAUCAAAAAACGUGGAUCUUCAUGACAAACUGCAAUAUCUUUCCACCGUUUUAAUGUAGUGCCACCAAAUUUAAGCACAUACAUUUUGUAUAAUUGUACUAUGUGUCCUCACAAUUUCAUGCAAAAAUAUUGAGUAGAUUUUGAAUUAGAAGAAUUUUCUUGACCAAAGUUGUCGAAAUGUGCGUAACCGAAAACUAGCUGGUUUGAGCAAAUCUAACCAUUUCAAGCGGAUAAUGAUAACUUCUUACAAACAUUUUGGAUAGGAAUGGAUUUUAUACCAGUUGAUAAGAGGUUUCUUCCGCACACUACACCAAAAGUGGAGGAUAAAAUAACAUAAUUCUAGGAAGUUUUUUUACAUGUACCCCUAUAAAAUGCCGCUCAAGUCACAAAAGGGAAAGUUAGGGUUAAGUUGGAAUAAAGUUUUCUCCAGGUUCCAUUUUGUUCGCGAAACCUAAUCUCUUACCAUAAAUAGAAACAAUUCGGUGAAUUCUAAUACACAAUUGAGUCGCUUUCACUAUUUUGCUUUUUUUGAAUUUUUAAUCUCCAACAUUAAAAUGUUACAAAAGGGAACAUCGGCGAAAAACACCGAAAUUAUAGCUUCUUCUACAAGACUUUUUUGUAAGACCUCUUGAAGUAGAAUUCUAAUAUGCGCAUUACCAACUUGUUAGAUAGUUCGUAAAAGUGUAGAAUAGUGUUUUGUUUUGCGGAAUUCGGCGUUUCUCUCUUGUUUUAUCUGUAAGCAUUUAGAUACAUAUUUCACACGUUUUUGCUUUCAUAUGUUUGUAAUCUUUAAUCUGUAAAAAAUACAGCUACUUCUUAUAAUAACAUCAGUUCAUCAUUUUUAUCAUUGCAUUCGUUUAAAUCGUUUCAUCAGUGCAUUAGCGCAUUUACGUAAGAGCCUCAUCGCUUUUAUAUGAAAGAAAACGAAGGAUGAGUGACACAGUCCUGAGUUUUAUAUUUUAAAAUAUCUUACUAAAUUACCUUACUUUACAAACUCAAGGCAGUUAAGGUGCUAACACACGGUGCAACAUUGCAUGCAACAUUGCACGCAACAGGACUGUUGUAGCGUGUCUACCCAAAACUUGUUGCAUGCAACGUUGCAUGCAACAAAUCUGAAGUUGAAUCGCGCUCUACUGUUGCAACAUUGCGCGCAACAAAUUUCAUCAUGUGAACAUGUCUGCAACAUUACCUGCAACAUUCUGAAAUUUCCAGCUAAUCAGCUUGCACUUAAUUUUUAACAUAGCAGGCUGACACAAGCGAUGUUGCAUGAUAUUAUUCCAAUGUCACUCCGAUUCAAAUUUGCUGCUUGCAAUGUUGUGUGCAACGUUGCACCUUGUGUCAGCAGCUUAAACGCCAUUGAAAUCUUGAUGAUAUCAUAAAGGCCAUAACUAUAAUAAGUAUAGCUGAAGUUACUUGCACUACUUCAAUCGUUUGUAGCAUUGUUCUGUGUAAUAAUACCAUUAAACGUCAAGGAAACAAAACACAACCGAACACUGUGUGUGACCAGCACUAAUAACGCCUUCUAAAGUAUGUAAAACUUAGUUAAGAAGUACGGUAGAGGUCAAACUACUUCGUGACAGCAUUUAUUUCGAUAAAAAUUAUUGUAGUUUUUAGUGAAAACUCUGCGCAUGGGCAAUUAGUGUAAGAUACUUGUUAUCAGUUUCAAAGAACAUCAUAGCAACACAAGACUUAAUAAAAGGUAACAUUAGGCAACUAUUACAGCGAGUGGUUGUAGUGCUCUAUUUUAGUCGAAUUUAAUCCCGGGAAAAAAUUUCCUAAAAUGAAAACAGUACGAUAAUGGUGUUCUCUUAGCAUUCCGAUCUACCAUAUUACACUUUUUAUUUAAAAUAAUUAAAAAGGAAUGGCAAAAAAAUGAAGGCAAAUAUAGGGUUACAUAAGGGAACUAUCGAAGUAACUGGCUUUAGUACACUUUUUAUAAUCGAUUAUUAUCCCCAAAAACUUUCUCAGAAAGUGAACAGCCACGAUAUUACUCUUCAAUAGGCAUUUCGAUUUACCAUAUUACUUUUUUUAUUGAAUACAGCCCAAGUUACACUGGUAAUAUUCAUGAUAUUUCAACUACUGUCAAAUUUGUUUACUCUAGUGCAUGCGAAUGCUUUGCAAAUUUUAAUUGGAGAAACUUACCAGUCAUUCCUGUUAACUAUUCAAUGUAAUACAGUAGCUAUUUGCUGUAAUGGUGAUGCAGGAUUUAGGGUAUUUGACUCUCAUGCUUGUAAUCCAUCAGGUCUCCCAAAUCCUCAAGGUACUUGUGUACUCCUCGAUGUUGAUGACUUUAAUAAAUUACUUCCAAAGAUUA